AGAGAGGCCGGCUUAAACUGAACAGCACUCCUGUGGACUGAAUGCAUGCCAACCCAACAGGACGGACCACCGAGAAAAACACCGGGUUACAGACACACAGUCGAUUCAGAAACAGAUGAUAAGAAAUGUGAAGCUCUUUAGUUGUCACAGUGUCGGACCAGUCAACAGUAACCGGGAAAGAUGGCGAGGACACAGACUCGCAUGUUCCUCGCCUGGGCUUUGCUGGGAAUUUUCUUCCUCGGUGUCUCGGUGAAAGGAGAGCUGCAGGGAGAGCAACAGGAGGAGGAGGAGGAGGAGGAUGAGAGGUCCUGUCAGGGCGCCUUCGACCUCUAUUUUGUCCUGGACAAAUCUGGAAGUGUGAAGCAUCACUGGAUAGAGAUUUACUCUUUUGUGGAGCAGCUGGCGAAGAAGUUCAUCAGCCCCAUGCUGCGAAUGUCCUUCAUCGUCUUCUCCUCACACGGAAAAAUCAUCCUAAAACUGACGGAGGACAGGGAGGCCAUCAACGGAGGCUUACAAGAUCUGAGUAGAGUUGUCCCUGGAGGAGACACAUUUAUGAACUUAGGCUUGGAGAUGGCUAAUGCACAGAUUCAUCAAGAGAAGCAAGGGACAGCCAGCGUGAUUAUCGCUCUGACCGAUGGAGAACUAAAUGACUGGCAGUUUGAUACAGCUCAGCGAGAGGCACAGAGGGCCAGGUCAAUGGGAGCCAUUGUUUACUGUGUAGGGGUCAAAGAAUUCAACAAGACUCAGCUUGCCACUAUUGCAGACACUGUGGAACAUGUGUUCCCUGUAACGGGAGGCUUCCAAGCCCUGAGGGGAAUUAUUGACUCGAUCAUUAAGAAGUCCUGCAUUGAGAUUCUAGCGGCCGAGCCGUCCAGUGUGUGCGCAGGAGAGCGUUUCCAGGUGGUGGUGAGAGGAAAUGGCUUCCUCCAUGCCAGAAACACUGACCAGGUGCUCUGCAGCUUCAAACUGAAUGAUACACACAGUGUGGAUGAGAGACCAGCUGACAUAGAGGAUACCUUCCUGCUCUGUCCUGCUCCUGUCGUGGAUGAGGUUGGGAGGGUGAUCUACCUGCAAGUGAGCAUGAAUGAGGGCCUCUCCUACAUCACCAGCUCUGUCCACAUCACUACCACUGAAUGUUUUGACGGCACCAUCGUGCUGGUGUCCUUGUCGGCGGUGUUCCUGUUGUUGGCUCUGCUGAUGAUGUGGUGGUUCUGGCCACUCUGCUGCACUCUGGUGAUCAAAGAACCUCCACCACCUCCUCCUCCAGAGCCAGAGUCAGACGAUGAGGAUGGGAUGCCCAAAAAGAGGUGGCCCACAGUGGAUGCAUCCUACUAUGGAGGAAGAGGAGUGGGUGGCAUCAAACGCAUGGAGGUGCGAUGGGGGGAGAAGGGCUCGACUGAGGAAGGGGCAAAGUUGGACAAACCUAAAAAUGCAGUUAUAAAGAUGCCAGAUCAGGAAUUUGAACCGUAUGAGCCCAAACCACGAAAAGCACGACGUGGACCGCAAGAGCCGAGGAAGUGGUACUCGCCCAUUAAGGGAAAGCUAGAUGCUGUGUGGUGUCUGUUCAGGAGAGGUUACGACCAAGUAUCUCUGAUGAGACCACAGUCUGGAGACGAGGGUCGCUGUAUUAAUUUCCAGCGAGUCAAAGAUGGGGAGUCCACCCCGAGCAACCGGCCCCCUCCUCGCACUCAUCACUCCCCCUCCUCCCCCCCUCCUCCUCAGCCCGCCGAAGAGCGACCUCUUGUGUCCAACUCUGUCCCUCGUACCAAGCCUCCGUCGAAAGGGCCCCGCACAACGCCACCCUCCCGCGCACCCCCCCCUUCUCACCAACCCCCUCCAGGUCCACCCCCAGCCCGUGCACCCCCACCAUCUCGACCCCCACCCAGGAUCUGAUGAUGAACAAGGGGGCCUCCUACUAAACAAAGUGAUACAUCAAUUAAUUCCAUAAAACACCCAUGUCAGUCUUUCAUCCUGAAGACAGCAGACAUUCAAUCUUAAAAAGCCAGACCCUCUGAUUUGGAGCUCUGUGCUUUGUUGCUGGACAGCAGAAAUGUAUUUAUCUCAAUAUCAAAAUCUACUGAGUUUCAUAAAGAAAACUUUUGUAAAACAAAAAUGCAAACAUUAUAGAAACAACAAGCAUGUAGUUACUUGAUUAAGCCUGUGUGUACAGUAUUAAAUGUGAUGGUUAGAGGAUGUGCAAACAUUUUUGGAAACUUAAGUGUUGCUGAAAGUUAUUUUAGUGUUAAUGAGGGUAAAUAGUUUACUUAGGGUUGGUAGAGAAUAAUGUCUAAUGAGGAGGUGGAGGGAAAUACAGCAUGUAGAGAAAGAUUAUUGGAAUUUCAUUUAUGUUGGCUUUGUUUUUUUUACUUUACACUUUCUUUAAAAAAUAAUCUGACUAAUUCAUCUUUUUUAAACUAAAUAUUUUUUUUACAUUUUGGGGACAUUUUAGGGUAACGGUUCAGUGAUACUAUUGCAACUGCAGGACAGUUACUCCAUAUUUUAUUUAUUAUAACACAAGCCCUGUCUGCAUCUGUUUUCUAGUUAGUGUCAGGUCGGAGUUAGGGGAAUGUUAAGAUGGAUAUUAGGAAGCAUUCUGGCUUGGCAUCAGAUGUAUUUGUGGUCUUACUAGCAAAGAUUACACAGGAAAUGUUUAUUGUACUGCAUUAAGUGACUGAAAUUAUCUUUUGCAUUAUUUCUUAACAACCUUUUGUGUUUGUCUCCAUUAAACAAUGUUUUUUAAA